AUGAGGUGGAAUGAGCGAGUUUGUUUGGAUACCGCUCUUCCAUUCGGGUUGCGCUAUGCGCCUCAGAUCUUCUCGGCGGUAGCGGAUGCCUCAUUGUGGGCCAUGUACGUGUGUGCUUCAGCGCUCCAUUGUUUAGACGAUUUUCUCUUCUUCGGCGAGCCAGGGUCCGACGAAUGUCCCAACAACCUGAGUCACGCAUUGGCAACGUGCAGAAGUUUAAGCGUUCCGGUAGCGAAGCACAAGACGGAAGGCUCGGCCUAUUGCAUGACAUUCCUUGGCAUUGCGAUUGACACAAACGAAGGUUGCUUGCGUUUACCCGAGAAUAAGCUGCGGCGCCUCUGUGAGCUGCUGAGGGAAUGGUCGUACAAGAGAGCCUGUACGAAGCGCGAGCUGUUAUCGCUGGUCGGUCUAUUGCACCAUGCCGCCACCGUCGUUAAGCCUGGUCGGAUAUUCGUUCGGCGGUUGAUCGACUUGUCGGCGAUUCUGAAGAAGUUGCAUUUCCACGUUCGGCUGAACAAGGAGGCUCGCUCGGAUAUCUGGUGGUGGGUCAGAUUUAUCGAGAGAUGCAACGGUCAAGGUUUGCUGGCAACGGUCGGUCGCCUGCUCCCGUCCGUUACAGUGCAGUAG